AUGGAAGUUUCGGUGAUAUCAACGGAGAACAUCAAACCAUGGUCAUUAGCAGGAAGUGAUCGGCAUGAGCUCAAACCAUUCAAGCUGUGCCUUCUUGACCAGCUCAUGGUCUCCAUUCACUCUCCUCUCGUCCUCUUCUACACCAUGAAGGAUGAACAUCAUGAUAAGAAAUCGGUUGGCAAACGGUUGAAAGCCUCAUUGUCAAACACCUUGAACCCCUUCUACCCUCUAGCUGGGAGAGUGAAAGACAACCUCAUCAUCCACGACUUCGAAAAGGGCGUCCCCUUCACCGAAACCCGAGUGAAGGGACACUGUCUGUCUGAUGUGGCCUCUCCACGUGGUGGCGGUGGACCCAGGUUGGAGUUCCUAAACAACUUGCUCCCCUUCGAGCCACAUUGUUAUCAGGAGGAUGAAGCUGCUUCUCCACAGCUAUCGGUGCAACUGAACACGUUCGACUGCGGUGGGAUUGCGAUUGGGAUCAACCUGUACCACAAGCUCAUGGACGGGGCGACCACCAGCGCGUUCCUCCACACCUGGGCGGCCAACUGCAGCGGCGAUAAUCCUCGGAUGAAGAAACAGCCAGAACUACGCAAAGCACGCUCGGUUUUCCCUCCUCGGGACUCCAUCCCAACUGAGGUCCAGACAUUUUCAAACAGGUUGUUCUUCGGGGAUGUGGGACGACGACCACGAAGACUGCCCGCAUCUAGGAGAUUCGUGUUCGAUGAAAAGGCUAUAGCGAUGCUGAGAACCAAGGCGGGGCUCAGCAUCACGAACCCGACUCGUCUCGAAGCUCUGUCUGCUUUCAUUUGGGAAUCGGUCCUCAAAGCAGCUGAUGAUGAGGAGCAGCAGCAACAGCCAACGUGCCUCACGCAGGGCGUUAACAUGAGGCCAUUAAUGAGUCAACGCUUGUCCAAACAAUCCAUCGGAAAUCUCGUGACCACCGCCAUGGCGUCCUGCGCGGACAGCCCUGCAAAGUCAAUGAGGGAGCUGGUGAGUCUCAUACGAGAUGGGAACUUGAGAGUGGACGAGAACUACCUCAACGGCAUCUCGGGCGAACAAGGGUUGACGGCCAUGAUGCAAGGGCAGAAGGUGUUUGAGGGGAUUCCCCGACAACAAGUCAAUGACUCAUUGACGUCCUGCAAGGAUACUGGCAACAACGUGACAAUGAAGGAGCUGGUGGGUCUCUUGAGAGAGGGAAUGGCGAGGAUCGUUGAUGAGAAGUAUAUCAACGCCAUCUGCGACGCUGAACAUGGGUUUGAAGCCAUGCUUGAGGGCGAUAAGUUAUUGGGAGAAUGUGGCAGCGGGGAGCUUAUGACUUGCUCAAGCUGGAUCGGAUUUGGUACCAACAGUUAUGACUUCGGUUGGGGGAAGCCUCUCUGGACUGGGUUAUACGGGGACCCGACGGGGGAUCAUCCUUAUGCCAACAAUUUCCUUGUUUUCAAGGAAUUAGGUGGUCGAGGGCGUGAAAAUUCUAAUGCCGCCAUAGAAGCAUGGAUAAGGCUGGACGAAGACGUCAUGGCUGUUCUUGAACAUGAUCCUCACUUCAUCCAAUAUGUUUCCCCCAAUCCUCCUAUCAUUAUCAACUGA